UUCCGCUUCCACCCACUCCCGAUCCAUCCACUCCCACCUCCCGCUCCCGCUCCCCACCCAUCUCGCCGGCAGCGCCGUCCCAACAUGGGAUGAACUGCUCCACGACCGACCAAAACCCCGAUUGACCACCAACCACCGGACCCCAUGAAGGCGUCGGUCAAGUUCCGCGACGACGACCGGCCGCUCAUGCGGGCCAAGGUGCCCAUCGGAGUGCUGGGGUUACCAUUCCAGUCCGGCCUCUCCGCCGGCGGCGACCCUCGGGAGCUCCGCUUCGACCUCUCCACCGCCUUCGCCUCCGGGCCAGCGCUCCGCCUCUCCUAUCGCCCCAACGAUCCCGGCCUCCCCUUCGCGCUCUCCAUCCGCGCCGGCGUCGGCGCCCUCGGCUCCCCCGCGCGCGCCCCCUUCUCCCUCGCCGCCGAGUUCAACCUCCUCUCCGCCAACUCCGGCUCCCCCGCCUUCUUCCUCCUCCUCAAGCCCCGCCUCGGCGACUUCUCGCUCUCCCACACCCUCCGCUCGACCCCGCCCCCUCCGCCCCGUACCGUCGGGGAGGCCUCUUCCGACACCGAAGGCCAGGACCAGCUGAACCACAAGGCGUUCUCGCUGAGCGGGACCGCGGCGGGGACGAGCGGCGCGCUGCUGUCCGGGAUGCGGCUGGCCACGCGGAGCGCGCUCCCGCUCUGGGGCAGGGCGAGCAUGCGGUUCAACUGGGGCAUCCGCGCGCCGCCGGGGCUGCAGGCGGCGUUCGCCGACGGCCGCAAGGCCACCCCGGUGCCCGUCAGCAAGAUGCCGCUGCUGGUCAUCAGCAAGAUCUCCAUCGAGCAGUCGCCACGCGCCGACGCGGAUCGGGAGAAGAAUGGCGGCAAGGCGGAGGCCUCGCUGCCUGCAGUCGCCGCCACGGCGGACGCGUCGGAUGGCGACGAGGGGUUCUCGCUGAUGAGGCGGCAGCUGGAGGCGAUGAACGCCGAGAGCGGGAUGCUCCGCCGCGCCGUGGAGGACCUGCGUGCCGAGGUCGGGCGCGCCAGGGCCGUGUCCGUGGCUGCGGGAGGUAGGCUGCCGCCACAGCCGCUUCACGGCUUCUCGGCCAAGCCGGAUCAUCGGGGUGCUGGGAAGGAGCCGGCGGCGGAGAACGCAGCGAUGCCCGCGCCGGAUGAUGUGGGCGAGGAGUUGAAGAGGGCAUUGGAGGCGCGCCGGAGAUGAAAGCUGCACACCUCAUCUCACUGUUGUAUAUCAUCUCACUAGUUUGUUGGAAGUCUGUAAUCUUGAAACUUGCACGAUGAAUAGGCCGGCUAAAUUAGCUAUGCUUAUAUUUUACAUUUUAAAACGGAAGUGAUAUUAAUUAAUAUAUCCUAUCUAGGAGAUGUUCAUCGGAU